AUGCAAUUCGCAAACAACGGGAUGUUGCGUGAAUGUUUGAAAGAGAAAUGCGAUACUUUAAACUGGACUACUAGCCAAUACAGUUUAGGAGUAUUAUUCUGGAAAAUAUCGAGCUGCCGUGUCCCUUUCGAAGGUCAUAAUCAAAUAGUCCUUAUAAGUCUAAUUAUAACUGAAUUACGUGAAAAUACACCUUCUGAUACUCCUGCUAAAUACAUGGAAUUAUAUCAGCAUUGUUGGGAACUUCAACCGGAAGGUCAGCCUUUAAUCCAGGAGUAUUUACCUUACUGA